AUUGUUUACCCUUUUCUUUUUUCUUUUUUUUUACCCGCCCAGCACAUAAAAGGAGAGGGGCAGAAAGAUUUUCUCUUUCUUAAAUUCAUAUAUAUCUGUCCCCAUGUCAACUGCCUACGGUAAAAUCCCUAAACCCAAAACAAGCACUGACUUGGACUUGAUUUUACCUAUUCAUAAAGUACUUCGAGACGGUACUGAAGCCUACAUUCAAAAGGUCGAUGGAAGUAAUAAAUCCCUUGUUGAUUACUUGCAUGCUCGUUUCAAUGCUGAAAUUGAGGGAGGAUCCACAUAUCCUCAAGAAAAUUUAUUAGAUGAGCAACAAUUUAGAGACUAUUUUCUUGGCUCGGAUGCUUUUGUCAUGUCAAAGACAAGCAUUAUUGAUCCUGAUACUGUUUACGAUUGGAAUGACAAAGUAGUUGGCAUGUUUUAUAUUAAACCCAAUUAUCCCGGUCGUUGUUCUCAUAUCUGUAACGGUGGUUUUUUUGUCAUGGAAACUCAUCGUGGUUUAGGUGCUGGCGUCGUCAUGGGCGAAGCAUUUAAGGUCCUUGUGCCUGCCAUCGGUUAUAAGGCGUCCAUGUUCAAUCUCGUCUUUGAAAAUAACCCCGCUUCCAUCGCCAUCUGGAAAAAAUUAGGUUUUGAACAAGUAGGUCGUGUACCCAACGCUGGUAGAUUGAAAAAUAGCCCUGAUAAACUCGUUGAUGCUCUCAUGUUUUACUACGAUUUUACCAAAUAACGUCCCCACCCCCACCCCUUCUUUCCCUAAAUUAUGCCGCUCUCUUUCUCUUAUUACAUAAACGAUAGACAUAUAUAUAUAUUUGGACUUGAAA